AGGGAAUGAGUUACAAAAUCUAAGAAAGUGUGAAAGCGAUUCGAACUAAAACAUGGCUCAAGACGUAACUUGGGUUAUGACUGAAGCCAAGGAUCUGAUGCUUUCCGAAUAUAAAGAAAUCACUACGCUCUUACAAAAACCCAUCAAGGAUAAGAGACGUAUAAAGUACACAUGCUUUGACGUUUCAUCAAAUUAUGUUGCGCUUGGUUCGACCAGCGGAAGCAUAUACUUGUUUGCCAGAGACACCUGCGUUUUUCAGCAGCUCAUACCACUCUCGAACGGAGCCGUGGAGCGAAUCCUAAUAUCGCCAGAUGAAAAGGUGGUAGCGUUAUCAACUGUGGAUGGAAACGUCUGCCUUAUAGUUAUCAAACCCACUGUGAAAGAGGCUAUGAUAUCAACAAAAAGUGAGCGUAAUGGUGAAUGUGUUACGGCUUUAUGUUGGAACGACAACAGCACUGAGUUGUACAUCGGGGAUGAAAAUGGGACGAUUCAUGUUAUGGGUCUAUCUAUGUUUACUGUCAAGAGAGGAAUCUUCCAGGAUCCUGCUUGUCCCAUUAUGGGAUUGGAUUAUAAAAUUGUUCAAAUGGACUUUUGUUCGCCACUUCUUCUCAUAUCGACGAUAUCAAACUGCUACCUAUGCGACACAGUUGAAGGACAGUAUGAGAAAGUUGGAUUGAGAACAAGACAAGGAGAAUUCGGUGCUUGUUUUUAUAAUCCACGUGCCAUAAGAGAAGUGGAUGCUUCAGCAACGCAACAAAAAUAUUCGCCUUCCACCGAUGAGGAUUUCAAAAGCACGAAAACUGACAAAAACAAUCAACAGUAUCCAAGAAUUUAUUGCGCUAGACCUGGCUCUAGGUUGUGGGAAGCAGAGCCAAAUGGAAAGAUUGUUAAAACUCAUAACUUCAAAGAGGCCUUAGCCAUCCCGCCAUCUAGUGUACACAAAUCGUUUGGAUCAAAGACAACUUGUGUAGAAUUGGACAACUGUGAUUGGUCACCUCAAUCACUGAAAUUCUCACCUCUGCAUAUUGUAGCUAGUAAAUAUUUACUCACAUAUAAUUCGAAUGCUCUCUAUAUUUUCGACCCUGUAAAUUCAGUGGUUAUUUUAUGGUGCAAUGAGUACACAGACAUCGCUGCAGCAAAUGUACUCGAUGAUCAGAUUUAUGUCAUGAUAAAUUCUGGUGAUUUUCACUGCCUAAAACUUACGCCAACUGAUUCAUCCAAGUCAAAUCAAAUUGUAAGGUGCAGCAAAUUAAACUCGGGUAUAGUAGUUGUUAAUAAUAAAAACUCUGAGCGUCAGAAAUACAUAAAAAAUGAAGAAAUAUCUGAAGUAGAGACGAAAUGUGAUAGCAGUAAUAAACUGCCAGUUGAGUUUAGGAAGGAGUUGAACAAAUGUGAAGUAAAAGUUUUGAAUAGUCAGAAUCUCAUGACAUGCACUACGAAAGAAGAUGAAAAGAAUGAAUUUAACAACAUAUUAAGGCUAAGUACAGGGUACUUAGAUACCGAUAAGGACCUCGAAAAGGGUCCGUCACAGAAUAAUGUAGGAGUCGAAGAAACAACGAAUAUAGAAGAAAAUCUAGGAGCUACCAAAGAUGAAAUUAGAAAUUUGAUAGGUGACGUGCAAAUUAUUUACUCACUAGUAAACAGUUUAGAGAGCACAAUGUCUGAUGAUGAAAUUGAUAAGAUUUUAUGCGCAGUACGAGAAACUAUAAAAGGUGUAAAGGAAUCGUGCGAGAAGUCAACGGAACCAAAACCAAGUGUAUUCAAAGCAAUUAACACAGCUGAGCAGUAUUAUAGACAAUUUUUUUUAUCAAGACUGAACAAAGACCAAUUAAUUGAGACUAAAAAUGAAAAUAUACUAAAUGAAGCGAUGAGUUCCUUCUUAGAAAUUAAUGUAGUAGAGCAGGUAGAAUGUGAGUGUGGCUUUCCAUACCCGACUAAAAAGCCAGAAGAGCCAAAAUUUUUUGAGAUAGGAAUUGCUAUUUUGCAAAAAUACUCAGAGAUCAGCAAAGAUACUUGCAUUAAUUUAUGCAAAAAGGUGCCGUAUAUGUGGCGGCCUUACGUGAACAUAUAUUCCAAGGAAGAGGGUUUUUUCGAAGAAACAACAUUUGUUCAUUGUUUACAAACCCGAGAUGAUAUAAUUCUUUCGUUUAUAUUACUAUCACUAAAUGGAGAACAAUGGAAGUUUGCAAUGAAAGCUAUCAGUAAUCUGAAAUUAAAAAAGUGCCUCAGUUGCAAUCGGCCUAUUAGUGCAAGAGACACGCAGAAUGAUUCAUCUAUAAAUUGGAAUAACAUAGCUAAUGAAAUAAUGAAGAGAGAAGGACCUGACAUCACUGUUAAUUUCAUGACAACAAUAGCAACAAUUUUACCAUCUGUCUCGUUCGAUAGAAGUUUAUUUCAAUCUCUCAUCUUUACGAAAAUUUUGCACCAUCAUGAAUUUGAACAGCCUGUGGACUUCAAUCAGAUACUCAAUCGAACCCCUUAUGACUCAUAUAGUUUACUAUGUUGUCCGAAGAUCCAAACGCAAUUACUACAUACUCUCCAGAAGGACCUCAAGAGGCCAAUGAAUGCGCACGUGUUCGGAAAUCAGGCUCAUCACUGGGGAAUGCAACAUGAGCCAGCUAAAUCAAUAUGUCCCUGCUGUACCUUGCCUUUAAAAACGUCAAUACUUCUAGAGAAUAACGGCCUAUCGCUGUUUCCAUGUGGUCAUUCGUAUCACGUCAACUGUUUAAUACAAAAGAGAGUCCUGAAAUGUAAUUUGCAUAAUAAUUGAUUACUGUGAAGAUUAAGUAACGUCAAUUAUUUUUUUUUUUUUUAAAUUGAAUUACACUAAAAAUCCUCAAAAGAACAAUGUUGAACGAAAGAUAUAAGGAAAAUGUUUUGAUAUUAUAUGAGAACGACCACUUCGCGGAUAUUCACUAAUUGUAAGAUAAAAAUUUGCUGAUCAGAUUUAUAGAUAGGCUUUAAUCUGUAAACGAAUACCUUUGUUAAUAAUGUAUAUUGAACAUCUUUAAUUAACAUAUUUAUUAUGAAUUUUACAAUAGUUUUAUCACAGCUAGUUUUCAAGUGUUUGAGCAUUUUGAAAGAGUAAAAAAAAAUUUACUUAAUAUA